AACCACCAUUAACGCCUAAAUUAAGGAAUAAACUAUACGCGGAUUAUCUAAUCAUUGUUACUCGGGAAAACUCAUUUUUCUUGUCCUUUUCCCCGUACCUAUCUUUUAUUUAUUACUUUAUAAAAGGGAUAGCCCUUUAGUCGUUCUGUGUAACAAUUGUCCAAUUUUUAUCCCACUACUUUUCUUCAUAGUAUUCCAUGCCGGUUUCGGGUAUUCAAGGCCACCUUCUUGAGGUCACUGUUGUCGGAUGUAAUAAAUUGAAGGAUACUGAAUGGAUUUCAAGGCAAGAUCCCUACGUUUGCCUUGAAUAUGGUAGCACCAAGUACCGUACAAGAACCUGCACAGAUGGUGGCAAAACGCCCACAUUCCAGGAGAAGUUUACCUUCACGCUGAUUGAAGGGCUGGGAGAGAUAAAUUUAGUGGUUUGGAACAGCAAUACUUUAACGUACGAUGAUUUCAUUGGCAACGGAAAGGUUCAAUUGCAGAAGGUUCUUUCUCAGGGCUAUGAUGAUAGUCCUUGGUCGCUUCAGACUAAAACUGGCAGAUUUGCAGGAGAAGUGCGACUCAUAAUGCAUUAUGGAAACGCCAAAAACCGAGCCACAACAUAUGCUCCAUCAGCACCACCUUAUGCGGCCCCUCCUCAUCAAGUACCUCUAUACUCUGCACCUCCACCAGCAACUUCAGCUUCUUAUCCACCACCAGCCAUGGCAUAUCCAAUUCCAUCGCCAUAUCCCGCAUAUCCUUCAUAUCCUUCAUCCAUGUAUGCUCCUCCACCUUCUGCAUACCCUCCCCCUCCCCCACCUUCAGCAUAUCCCCCAGCUACAUAUCCACCUGCUUCACCUUAUUAUCACCCAGGUCCUUUUCCAGGCCUUUAUCCACCACCACCACCACCACCGUACUAAAAAUCCUCAAGGAGGAGAUAUUCCAAUUAUUAGAACUUAGACGUCUUUAGGUCCGAAUCUUUUGAGACAGGGUUGGGAUGUGUAACCCAAAUGCAUUACGCUUUCACGUGUAACCAUAAAAAGUACUUAAAAUUCUAGAUAUCCUAGUGACGAAACAAGAGCUAGAACUUUUGGUGUAUAUCAUUUUGCAAUGGAUGGUGAGAUCUCCCUAUUUUAAUUGGGAACGGCUUGUCGGGCCUUUUCUGGGAGUGAAAUUAGGUUCUAAUAGGACUUACUAGAAGCCCAAACUUUCCUCUGCUAACCAUAACGGCCUUGAUGAAUGUACACUGUCCAUCAUCCAAACGUUGCAUGGGCCUUGCAAAUGCUAUCAUGCUAUUAUUUGAUAGCAUAUAAGUGUUACGAGGUGCAGUACUCCAGGAAUGUAGUUUACAAGGCGCAACGUGCAGAAUUGUGGAGUGUUCUCCGAACAAGCACAAACUGCAUAAGACUAUACCUUCUUGCAAAAUAACUUGUCUACAGCCAUAUCCCGAAAUCCUAUGUGGUAAUGUCCAUGUAUUUGUCUAUGUACAAGGUCUGUCUCCCAAUGGUUUUGCAUGAGGUUCAGCUAGUGGACAAAUUUUAUGAGUUUGCCAUGGAACAGCUGUACUUGAGAGUUUUCGUGGUAAUCAUCUGUUUUGGAAAGACAAAACAGCUACGAUCUCGAUUACAUGAAGCAGUUGUUUCACAGUUGCAUGCAUAAUAAUAAUAAUAAUAAUAAUAAUCGGUUUCCACUUUGUACUUCCAGGAAUACAGUUUUAUUUUUUUCGUUGAUUAUCGCAAUUAUGACUUAUAUUCGUCAAACCAGGCUGUAUUCAAAUGCUAACCAGUGAAAAAAAAUAUUAAUAAGAAUGUGGUUAAAAGCAUGAAAUCUUCCAAAACUCUCUCCAUUAUAAUAGUGAUGAUACACAUUUGGGGGAAAUUGAUUAAAAAUGAAUUGAACAAGUCACAUUCAAGCACCUGGUUGGGUACCCCCACUAAGCAACUGUGGCCCGUGGGAGCCAUGAAGUUUGUCGACAACUUCCAUUCCUACCUCAUUCUCUUCCAAGGAUGCCAUUUCAAGAGGGUGGUUGGACCUUGUUUUUAUUGAUGGAUUGAGUCAGAGAUGUCAAGCUCAGGCCAGUGAUCAUCCUUUUUUUAUACAUAUAUAAGUUGGGGAUGGUUGGUUUUUCUCCCUUUUAGUUCAAACUUUCAAAGCAAUGUAAGAUAUUAUUGGGUGAAUAUAUCGAACAGGUUUCUUUCAGAGCAGAUGAAGUUACAUAUUCUCUAAUGUUUUCCUGCUUUGACUUUGUGAACCAA